UUUUUUUUUUUAAUCACGAUGGGCAAAAAACAUACAGCACAAACAUUAUUAGAUGUUGACGAUUUCGAAAUUCAAGAACAUCAAAAAUAUGCACGAUCAUUAGGCCCUCGUGGUAAUCAUCAACAUGAAGUCGAGUUUUUAGAUGGAUCAAAAAAGUUGGUGACCAUGCCACCUCGUUUCCGUAAUCUAGUGUGGGUCAAGCGAGGUCAUUUUGUGGUAGUAGAUCCUUCCUUGGGAACUGUGUCUGAAAAAGUAGGUGGUGAAAUUGUUCAAGUUUUAUUCCCAAAACAUAUCAAAUCCUUACAACAAGCUGGCAAAUGGCCAACUGCAUUCUCUCAAAACACUAGUAAUGACCAGGACAAGAACGAAGAACAAGGAUUGGACAGAAAUAACUAUAGUGAUGAUGAUGAGGAUGAUGAUCUUUUUGUCAACAACAAUCGACCUGUGAUGUCUGAAAGCGAAUCCAGUAGCGAUGAAGAGUAGAUAACAAGUAAUUCACGAUAGUUGAUCCCACUAUUCCUGUUUUUUGGUCUUCCUCCUUUUUUUUUUUUUUUGAUUCUACCUAGUUUAUUCAUAGACAUACCCAAUCUUACAUUAAUCAUCAUCACCAUACAACGUUAUUUAGAUAAGUGUCAUUAUUUCGACCUCUCUGCAAUUGUAUAUACUUUUUUUACAAUAAAAAUUUAUUUUUUUUUUCCUGCGCAUAUUGGCGAUGAUCAUCUCACGGUAUAAAAUAUUCAGGGACAAUUCGAUGAUGGAUUGUUGAUGAUUGAUCAUUAUACAGGGAAUUCUUAUUCUCG